CAUUAGAAAUGGAACAUAAUGAAGAAGAAAACAAAUCUGAAAUGCAAGCUUACAGAUGUUUAAAAUGCAACAAAAAUUUUAUUGUUCCCAAAGACCUUUGAGUCUGUCCUCAUUGAUUAGAAGGAUUUAUUGAAGAAAUCAACCAAGAUGAGGUCCAAGAUAUUCCACAGCCCAGAGAUGAACCAAUGGAGGAAGAUGAUCAAUUUCCAGAUAUAAACAAUUAUCCUCCUAUCCCUUCUUUUGGAGUUGGCCUCUUGAGAGGAAUUUUGGGAGGAGGAGUCCCAAGUCACAGACCCAGACAAAGACCCAGUCACAGACUCAGAAGACAUCGUGAUUCUUCUAACUCAAGUUCGGAAUCGAAUGAUCUCCCAAUGCAUGGGAUCCGUAUGCCUGAGAUGCCUGAAUUUCCAAUGAUGCCUCAAAGUGAGCCAGGUAGAGGCCAAAAUUAUUUCAGAGUGAGAUCUAUUGAUGGACAGCCUGUUCAAAUUGUUUUUGGUAGCGGAGGAAGCAGCCGUAUGAUGAACAUGGGAUCUGAAGGAAUGGAGCCAUCUAACUUCAGAAAUUUUUUUGAGCGACUGCUUAAUAAUUUUGGGCUUCAAAAUAGGUCUGAUCAACAGCCUGCUUCUCAAGAGACAAUUGAAAACUUAAAAGAGAUAGAAAUAAGUGAAGAUCAUUAUGAUACAGAAGGAGGUGAACCAAAGCCUCCGGCUUGAGCUAUUUGUACAGAUGAAAUGGCAGAAAAAGCAAUUGAACUACCUUGCAAGCAUCUUUUCCACAAGGAGUGCAUAUCAAAAUGGAUUGAAAUCCAUCAUAUCUGCCCAGUCUGUAGGAAACCAGUAGAAGGAUAGGCUCAAUAAAUAUCUAGAAAUUUCACUAAUUUCUAA